AUGGCAAAGGUUGAGAUUCACCAUCUUGGUGACACGGUCAUCCAGCUUCAAGCCCAUGGAGUCGUGCAUGCCCGACCCCAGGUGGUUGUCCAUCUUCGUGUCACCGAGUUCGACGACCUGUCCGCCUCCCCGGCGGUGAUGUCCCUUCGCUUCUAUCUGGGCCAGCUCUCGCUGCUCAGAGCCGUGCCAGGGAUCGUCUCGCUCGUGGCAUCCAACCUGGAUGCCAAGAUUCGACAACUUUGCGAGCGUCGACUGCUCCUCUUGGCUUUCCAACCCGCGGUAGAGCUGGCGUCUGGAUCAUCUCUCGAGCUGGUCAUCGACAUCGGCACAUUCUUGGCACCCGGCUGCUCCGCCCAAGACUCUGAACUCAUCGACGAGUGGAUGUUUUUUAGGCCUCUGCAGGAGGAGGAGCUGAUCUUCGUGCAGGAAUAUUACUACGCAGAGGAAGAAAGUGGAUUUGGUGGGGUGCCGGCGAGCAAAUCUUUCAUCCAGAGUUUGAGGCGGUCGCCGUAUGGUCGAGGAGAAGGCGUUCAGGAGGAGGAAUGCGUGAUAUGCCUGGAGGACUUCGAUGCCGGAGCGGAAGUGAGUAUGACGCCAUGCUCCCACUCCUUUCAUAGCCGGUGCAUCACCCAGUGGCUGGAAAAGAGCCAUCUCUGCCCCAUCUGCAGAUACCACAUGCCCACGUCCAGCUCCUAUCCACAGGGCCAGCCUAUGAUGUAG